CCCGGCGGCCACGCCCCCUCCGCCGUUGCCUGGCGAAGCCUGAGGCCUGGCUGGGGCCUGCUCGCCGCUCGCCCGCUGCCGCCGACGCAGAGAUGCCGCACGGCUUCAAAGCCGGGGACCUCGUCUUCGCCAAGAUGAAGGGAUACCCGCAUUGGCCGGCCCGGAUCGAUGACAUCAUCGACGGCGCCGUGAAGCCUCCACCCAACAAAUACCCCAUUUUCUUCUUCGGCACCCACGAGACGGCCUUCUUGGGGCCGAAGGACCUCUUCCCUUACGAGAAAUAUAAGGACAAGUACGGAAAGCCCAACAAGCGGAAAGGCUUCAACGAAGGACUCUGGGAGAUCCAGAACAACCCACACGCCAGCUACAGCGCACCUCCGCCAGUGAGCUCCUCCGACAGCGAAAUUGCCGACAUCGACCCCAUCGGGGGAGGAAGUGACGUCGCAGAGGAGGAGGAGCCAGCGGUGGCAGUCGAGGCUGAGGGAGGGGCCCCAGAGAAGCUGGAGAGCGAUGAUGAUUCUGAGAAGGGGAGCGACCGCAGUGCCGUGAAGCGGAAACCAUUAGCCAUGAAAAUGCCGGCGGCGAAACGGCCCCGGAAGUCUUCGAGUGACCUUGACCAGGCGAGCCCAUCUCCGUCGGAGGAGAAUUCGGAAAGCUCUUCUGAGUCGGAGAAGUACAGCGACCAAGAUUUCACCCCUGAGAAGAAGCCAACCCCCCGGGCUGCCCGGAGGGCACCUGCAGGUGGAUGGAAGAAAAAGCAGAAGGUGGAAUCAGGUUCCGACUCGGAGUCCAAGCCGGAGUCAGAGGAGGAGGAAGACGAGGAGGACGGAGAGAACGCCAGGGCUCCGGCGCCGAAAUCAGAGUCUGACUCUGACUCGGAUGAGUCCGUCAAGAAGCCGUCCCGGGGACGGAAGCCAGCCGCGGAAAAGCCCCCUCCGAAGCCUCGUGGGAGGAAACCUAAGCCCGAGAGGCUUCCCAGCAGCUCCAGCAGCGACAGCGACAGUGACAGUGACGUGGACCGCAUCAGCGCAUGGAAACGGCGUGAUGAGGAGCGUCAGCGGGAGCUGGAGGAGAAGCGGAAGCGUGAGCAGGAGGAGGAGCUGCGUCGGCUGCGGGAGCAGGAGCGGGAGGAGAAAGAGCGGAAGAAGGAGCGAGCGGAAAAGGGGGAGGCAGAGCAGCACUCGGAUAGCGGCGGCAGCGGGGACAGUGAGGCCCCCAAGAAGAACAAGAAGGGGCGGCCCAAGGCCCCGUCGUCCUCCGACUCGGAAGCGGAGAAAGAGGUGAAGAAGCAGCCAAAGAAACCGCCGUCAGAGCUGGCGAGGAAGCCGAAGGAGAAGAGGGGCCACGGGGACGAGAAGCCACGGAACAAAGCACUGAGAGCAGAACGAGGCAGGAAAAAGCCCGACAUGAUCCCCGAGAGACGGCUGGAAAAGAAAAAAGAACCGACAACUGAAGAGAAGCUCCAAAAGCUACACAGUGAGAUCAAGUUUGCUCUCAAAGUCGAUAACCCGGACAUCAAGAGGUGCUUGAGCGCGCUAGAAGAGCUGGGGAGCCUGCAGGUCACCUCUCACAUCCUCCAGAAGCACACGGACGUGGUGGCCACGCUGAAAAAGAUCCGUCGCUACAAGGCAAACAAGGAUGUGAUGGAGAAAGCCGCGGAGGUGUACACGUGCCUGAAGUCCCGCGUCCUGGGGCCGAAGGUCGGGGCGAACCAGAAAGUCAACAAAACCGACCCGGAGAAGGACAAGGCGGGAGAUGGCGACAACAAAGACAAAGAGAAGCUGCCAGAAGGAGAAACGCAGAACGAAAGAGAGGAUGAAGAGAAGAGUUACGAUGCCCCGGCACCUGUGAAUGGGGAGUCGGCAGCCCAGAAAGGAGAAGGCACAACAGAGAACAAGGACAGAGAUGAAGACUGGACUUCUGGGGACCCCAAGAGAGGGACGUCCCCCGAAGACACCCACAACGAAGCGCACGACUAUCCCAAGCUGGACCGGCCAGCCGCAGAGGGGGAGGGGUCCCACACCGAGUCGGACUCUGCCGACGAGGACAACGAGAGCUGAGACCGCCAGGAGGGGGACCUCACUAGGAUUGCCACGAAGCUGCGACGCCUGGAAACCCGGCCUCUUGCCUCACCUUGUGUGUGUCAGAAAUGCUUUUUCAAGCCACGCGAUAGAUGACAUUCUAGGUCCUUCCCUGAGUCUCGUCCCCGCUUCACCCUCCCGUGCUCUUUCCCGCCCCUUUCCCAUCCUCAGUCGCCCCCCCUCCCUUAGAGAGCAACGAAC